UAGUAGUAGUAGUAAUUUUAAGUAGUAUCACCUCACCACUCACUACUCUUCACCAGCUGCAGCUUAGAGAGAGAGAGAGAGAGAGAGAGAGAGAAAACCCACUCAAAACCAUAAUCAUCAUGAAACACCCUCUGCACCCAGCACUCCCCAAAAGCAAUUUUCUCAAUCAAAACCCCCAUUCCCUUAAAUUUACCUCUCUUAACUCCAUCACCCUCUCAACCACUACCAUCUCUUCCACAAUCCCCAAACCAUGAACAACCCCCCCUCCUCCUCUUUCUUACUCUCCGCAUCUUGUUGUUUCUUCUUACUCAGAAUCACCCUUGUCUUCUCUGCCCCGCUCCCUCUUCAGCUCAUCUCCCUUCUCGCCUUAAAGUCCUCCCUCAAAGACCCCCUCUCCACCCUCCAUGGCUGGGAUCCCACCCCCUCCCUCUCCACCCCUGCCUUCCACCGCCCCCUCUGGUGCUCAUGGUCCGGCGUCAAGUGCGACCCUAAAACUUCUCACGUCACUUCUCUCGACCUCUCUCGCCGCAACCUCUCCGGCACUAUACCCCCCGAAAUUCGCUACUUGUCCACCUUGAACCACCUCAAUUUGAGCGGAAAUGCCUUCGAUGGUCCCUUCCCACCCUCUGUUUUUGAACUCCCCAACCUUCGGGCUCUUGACAUCAGCCACAACAACUUCAAUUCCUCUUUCCCACCGGGCCUUUCCAAGAUCAAGUUCUUGCGCCUCCUCGAUGCUUAUAGCAACAGCUUCACCGGCCCCCUCCCUCAGGACAUCAUCCAGCUCCGCUACCUCGAGUUCCUCAACCUGGGUGGAAGCUACUUUGAAGGCAGUAUUCCUGCCAUUUACGGCAAUUUUCCCAGGCUCAAGUUUCUACACUUAGCUGGGAAUGCCCUGGAUGGCCCCAUACCUCCCGAGUUAGGACUGAAUGCCCAGUUGCAGCGCUUGGAGAUCGGUUACAACGCGUUUUAUGGUGGAGUUCCAAUGCAGUUUGCAUUGUUGUCCAAUCUCAAGUACCUGGACAUCUCAACUGCAAAUCUUUCAGGUCCUUUGCCGGCACAUCUCGGGAACUUGACCAUGCUUCAGACCUUACUCCUCUUCAGCAACCACUUUUGGGGAGAAAUUCCGGUGAGUUAUGCUAGGCUGACUGCUCUUAAAAGUUUGGAUUUAUCCAAUAAUCAGCUUACAGGGAGUAUUCCGGAGCAAUUCACCUCUCUCAAGGAGCUCACCAUCUUGAGCCUCAUGAACAACGAGCUCGCCGGAGAAAUACCGCAAGGCAUUGGCGACCUCCCAAACUUGGACACCCUAUCUCUCUGGAACAACUCUUUGACCGGAACUCUCCCUCAAAAUCUAGGAUCAAACGCCAAGUUGAUGAAGCUGGACGUGUCCUCAAACUUCCUCACUGGCUCCAUUCCUCUAAACCUUUGCCUUGGAAACCAUUUGAUAAAACUCAUCCUCUUCGGCAACAGGCUUGUGUCGGAGCUCCCCAACUCCUUAGCAAAUUGUACUUCAUUGAUGAGGUUCCGAGUUCAAGGUAACCAGCUCAACGGCUCCAUUCCUUACGGCUUCGGCCAAAUGCCCAAUCUAACUUACAUGGAUCUUAGCAAAAACAAGUUCAGCGGCGAAAUACCAGAAGAUUUCGGCAAUGCCGCCAAGCUAGAGUACUUGAACAUAUCCGAAAAUGCUUUCGACAGCCAGUUGCCCGACAACAUAUGGAGGGCGCCCAGUUUACAGAUUUUUUCUGCUAGUUCCAGUAAUAUCAGAGGGAAAAUCCCAGAUUUCAUCGGGUGUCGAAGCUUGUACAAGAUUGAAUUGCAAGGAAAUGAGUUGAAUGGCAGCAUUCCUUGGGAUAUUGGCCACUGCAUGAAGCUUUUGAGCUUGAAUCUUCGUGACAACUCGCUUACUGGUAUAAUUCCAUGGGAGAUCUCCACGCUGCCCUCCAUCACCGACGUUGAUCUCUCUCAUAAUUUUCUCACCGGCACCAUUCCUUCCAAUUUCGAUAAUUGCAGUACUCUAGAGAGCUUCAACGUCUCAUUCAAUCUUCUCAGCGGUCCCAUACCGUCCUCCGGAACCAUCUUCCCGAAUCUCCACCCGUCGUCGUUCACCGGAAACGUGGACCUCUGCGGGGGAGUUGUGAGUAAGCCCUGCGCCGCGGGAACGGAGGCAGCGACGGCGGAAGACGUGCGUCAGCAGCCGAAGAAGACGGCGGGAGCGAUAGUGUGGAUCAUGGCGGCGGCAUUCGGGAUCGGGUUAUUCGUGCUGAUAGCAGGGAGCCGGUGCUUCCGGGCGAACUAUAGCCGAGGAAUAUCCGGGGAGAGGGAGAUGGGACCGUGGAAAUUGACGGCGUUCCAGAGGUUGAAUUUCUCGGCGGAUGAUGUGGUGGAGUGUAUAUCAAUGACGGAUAAGAUAAUAGGGAUGGGGUCGACCGGAACAGUGUACAAGGCGGAGAUGCGAGGUGGGGAGAUGAUAGCGGUGAAGAAGCUGUGGGGAAAGCAGAAAGAGACGGUGAGGAAGAGGAGAGGAGUGGUGGCGGAGGUGGAUGUGCUGGGAAAUGUGAGGCACAGGAACAUAGUGAGACUGUUAGGGUGGUGCAGCAACAGCGAGAGCACAAUGCUGCUCUACGAGUACAUGCCCAAUGGGAGUUUGGACGACUUGCUGCAUGGCAAGAACAAGGGUGACAACUUGGUGGCCGACUGGUACACCAGGUACAAAAUCGCUCUCGGCGUGGCUCAGGGCAUCUGCUAUCUUCACCAUGACUGUGAUCCCGUCAUUGUUCAUCGUGAUCUCAAGCCCAGCAACAUUCUUCUCGACGCCGAUAUGGAGGCCAGAGUCGCCGAUUUUGGCGUCGCCAAGCUUAUUCAAUGCGAUGAAUCCAUGUCUGUAAUUGCCGGUUCAUAUGGCUACAUAGCACCAGAAUACGCUUAUACGCUCCAAGUGGAUGAAAAGAGCGAUAUCUAUAGCUACGGAGUGGUGCUGCUGGAGAUACUGAGCGGAAAGCGGUCGGUGGAGGGGGAGUUUGGGGAGGGAAACAGCAUCGUGGAUUGGGUGAGGUUGAAGAUAAAGAACAAGAACGGGGUGGACGAAGUGCUAGACAAGAAUGCGGGUGCAUCAUGUCCCUCCGUCAGGGAAGAGAUGAUGCUGUUGCUCAGAGUUGCCUUGCUUUGCACCAGCCGCAAUCCCGCCGACCGACCUUCCAUGAGGGAUGUUGUCUCCAUGCUGCAGGAAGCCAAGCCUAAGAGGAAGUUGCCUGCAAGUGUCGGCAGCGGCGGUGCUGCUGCUGCUGCUGCUGCUACUCCCUUGCCACAAAAGCAAACUGUGGACUGUUAAUAUAGCUUAACUUCUUCACAUAUUUUUUUUUUCUUUUUUUCAAAUGGUGGGGAUUGGUAUAGGAGAAGUGAUUUUUCUUUAUGAUUUUCAAUGAAAUUUUCGGGUGUUCUUAUUCCAUUUUCUAUAUAGUGUGUGAUGUUAUAUAUCCAUCUAUUGACUCUCCUUAUAAAUUGAUGAGUUUGAAGGGAUCA